AUUUGAAAACUAUUCCUAGAUUAGAAGAAAGCUACAAGAUACUUCUAGUCUAGCUUAUCGCUGUAAUAUUACUAAUAAUUCGGCUGUCCCUUGUCGUCAGCUAUUGCCAAGAAACAUCAACGUGUUGGCUCAGCAGCCGAAAUUGCUCCUGAUAUCAAACUACCACCUCCUUUAUUCUGAGAAAAGGCGAAUCGCAGAGCAGAAAGCAUGGCUGCAGCUGCAGCCAUAGCCGAGGAUGAGAUAAUCAAGAAACGCUUGCUUAUCGAUGGAGAAGGUGAUGGCGACGACAGACGUCUAAAUCGUCUUCUCAGGACUUUCCUCAGGUUUUGCAGCCCGUCAUGUCCAGAGGAGGAGAGGGCGUCACUGUACCAGAAGCUAUUUGUGCUGCUCGCCCAGUGUGAGUUUGCCAUGAGCAAGCUGGACAUGGUGCAAAGCAUGAACUGCAAGGAGCUGGACAACUACUCCAGCCUUGUCGACAAAAUCGAGACCAAUGUUGAGGAGGCACACCAGAAGAUUGCGGACAGCCGUGAGGAGCUCGUUAUCGCGACGCAGAUCAGGCAGAACAGACAAGAGUACAACGCACUUGCGAAGGUUAUCCAACAACACCCUGACCGACAGGAAACGGUCAAUCAAUUAGAUAAACUUAGUACGGAGCUGACUGAACUGAACACAAGGAAGGAACAGCAUGAAACCAAGCUGGCUCUGCGGCGGAAACAGUUUCACCUUCUCAUGCACUCCAUAUAUGAGCUUCAGGGUGUUCUUGACGACGAGGAAAAGGACACGAUGAUGGACACAAGCUAACAACAUGACUCCCCUGCUAGGUACCUGCCCUGCCCAUACCCCUCGCCUGUACAUAGUGUGCUUCUACCAUUCACCAUGCCAACUUCAUCCAUCCUGUACAUAGCGUUGCUGGCUGUCAGUCCGUUUUAGUUUACGAAAUUGUAGCUUUUGUCUCCGUGAGAACGAUGUUGCCUUUGAAAUCUUCAUUGCAUGCAGGAGCGCUAGGGUCAGGCACAUAUUGCUUUGCUAUGCUCCUCGCCAGGCCCAUGUGCUUGUACGAUAUACUAUGUUAUUGCUGGCAAAACGGCCCCACUCACGCCCAACAUCAUGACUUCUGUGAUGCCUGUGCAGUUGAGCACAGCUUCUACUGCUCCUGGUACGGUGGGAACUCGCAUAGCGGUGCAUCCUUUCCGUUGGGUAUUUUUUAGUGCACGCCAAGAUGGACGCAGUUCGUCUAUGGUCCUGUAUAAGUGGUACGAAAAGUAUAGCAUCUCAUGGCCGAUAGUGUGCAGAUGCAGUCGAUGGGGCCUGCGACGGCAGAAUGUGACUUUAUGUCGCAUCACCUCACAAACCCGUCCACACUCUCUGCACAUGUACGUGUCCAUGAAGACUACAACAGCAUUGUCUGCAACCCUACUUGUGAACAACUCUCUACCGGGUACUUUGUUCAGUGUUGGCCAGGACUCCGUCAUAUAAACUCUGACUAGUUAUACGGAUUCCCUGGUGUUUGCCGAUGCUGCAAUGUAACUUAUUGAACCAUGUCAUGUGAUAAUAUCAUGGAACUACUAGGCCAUUGCCCCAGGUGGGU